AAUAAUAAUAAUAAUAAUUUUUUGGUCUCUCAUCAUCGAGAAAACUCGAACGAACCGUCGUAACCCUAAAAAUCGCCCCAAAAAAAAAAUCGAAUCUGCUCUUUUUGAUUAUAUAAAUUCAAAUCGCUUACCAAAUCCGACAUGAGCAAGACCUUCGUUUCGAGAGGACUAUAAUGAUCGGACUCUUCUCCCUGUCCCGUCUCGAUUGCAUGGGGUUUGAGCUAUGCCGGAGCUUCGCCGUGGAGUCCGCCGUGGCCGUGUUACUGACGCUGUAGCUCCCAAUCAGCUUCCGCUUAAACAACCUACGGAGGAGAAGAAACAGAGGAAGACUAGUAACGUUAAAUCCCGGAAACCCGUUGCCGCCGCCGCCGCCGCCGCCGCCGCCGAGAGGCCUAGGACUAGAUUAGCUGCCAGGAAAUUGAAGGAGGAAGAUAAAGAGGAGGAGCUUCCCCCGCAGGAGGAGAUUCCCGUUGUUGUUCCGUCUAAGGAUACCACCGAUAUCGAUAAAAACAAAGGUAAAGAGGUUGUAGUUGUUGAAGAAGAAGAAGAAGAAGAAGAAGAGAAGAAGAAAGAUAUGGCGAUUGGUAACGAUAGUGGUGGCUCUAACAAGGCUGCUGCUCAGGAAGAAGAAGGAAACACUGCUCCUUUCCCUGAGAGGGUCCAAGUUGGAGGAUCUCCACUAUAUAAGGUUGAGAGAAAGCUGGGGAAGGGUGGUUUUGGACAAGUGUUUGUGGGACGUCGUAUUAGUGGUGGUAAUGAGCGUAGUGCAGGAGCUAGCAUCUUGGAGGUUGCUCUAAAGUUUGAGCAUCGAAGCAGCAAGGGUUGCAACUAUGGUCCUCCACAUGAGUGGCAGGUGUACAACACCUUGGGUGGUAGCCAUGGAGUCCCUAGAGUACAUUUCAAAGGGAGGCAAGGAGACUAUUAUGUUAUGGUUAUGGACAUGCUCGGGCCGAGCUUAUGGGAUUUAUGGAAUACUUCAGGGCAAGCAAUGUCCUCGGAAAUGGUAGCUUGCAUUGCAGUUGAAUCACUGUCCAUCCUUGAAAAGAUGCAUGCAAAAGGUGGAGAGAAGGUGGUAGUGGACAACAUGUGGAAUAUGAUCAACGUCCUGAUAUGUUUAGGGGGACAGUUAGAUACGCAAGUGCACAUGCUCACUUGGGGAGAACUGCAAGCAGAAGGGAUGAUCUUGAAUCAUUGGCAUAUACACUGAUCUUCCUUCACCGAGGUAGAUUGCCAUGGCAAGGAUAUCAGGGAGAUAACAAGUCAUUCCUUGUUUGCAAAAAGAAGAUGGCAACAUCACCGGAUAUGCUUUGUUGUUUCUGUCCCCCUCCUUUCAAGCAAUUUCUUGAGAUUGUGGUAAAUAUGAAAUUUGACGAAGAACCCAACUAUGGCAAGUUAGUAUCUCUAUUUCAAGACCUCUUGGGCGAAAAUCCUGCAAUUAGGCCUAUAAACACAGAGGGCGCUCAAAAGAUCAUUUUCCAAGUUGGCCAGAAGCGAGGCAGGUUGAGCAUUGGGGAAGAAGAAGAUGAUGCCCCUGGGAAAAAAGUCCGUCUAGGAGUCCCUGCAACACAAUGGAUAUCGAUUUACAAUGCCAGGCAACCAAUGAAGCAGAGGUAUCAUUAUAAUGUGGCUGAUAUAAGACUGGCACAGCAUAUUGAGAGAGGUAUUGCAGAUGGUUUGUUGAUAAGCUGUGUAUCAUCUUGUUCGAAUCUCUGGGCAUUGAUAAUGGAUGCUGGAACUGGCUUCACUAACCAAGUCUAUGAACUCUCUCCUGUAUUCUUGCACAAGGAAUGGAUAAUGGAACAGUGGGAGAAGAACUACUACAUUAGUUCUAUUGCUGGUGCAAACAAUGGAAGCUCCUUAGUGGUCAUGUCAAAAGGUACGCAGUAUACACAGCAGUCCUACAAAGUAAGCGAUUCAUUCCCGUUCAAGUGGAUAAACAAGAAAUGGAGAGAAGGCUUCCAUGUGACCUCAAUGGCCACAGCCGGAAGCCGGUGGGGUGUUGUUAUGUCCCGUAAUUCUGGCUACAGUGAACAGGUUGUUGAAUUGGAUUUUCUGUAUCCGAGUGAAGGCAUCCAUAGGCGUUGGGAUGGUGGUUUCAGAAUCACAUCAACAGCAGCAACAACCGAUCAAGCUGCUCUCAUCCUAAGCAUCCCACGCCGUAGAUUGGUCGAUGAGACACAAGAGACAUUGCGUACCUCUCAAUUCCCCAGCACACAUGUUAAGGAAAAGUGGGGAAAGAAUCUCUACCUCGCAUCAUUAAGCUAUGGCCGAACUGUAUCUUGAGAUUUAGUAAAAAUGUUGAAGGACGAGAGAUAGAUGUUUCUAAGUCUCUGCUCCUAUUCCAUAUCCAACCCUUUGGCCUCUCAGGCUCUGUUGUGCGUUUUUUUUCAGUUGAAUUGUGAAGCAAAGAAGUGGUGAUUGUGUUGUUUCUUCUCGACUUCGAUUGUGAAGGAGAUUGAGGCAUAAUCACCAGUUUAGCUACACAUUUCCCUCUAAAUUGCUAUCUAAUUUUUAUAUCAAGAAAAGAUAUUUUUGUCAUAUAUUAA